AUGGGUGAGCUGUUCGAAGUCGGAGAACAAGAUGGUGGUGCAGAAGAGGCAGGCAGUGAAGAGCAAGAGACGGAGUUAGAAGAUGAAGAGACGAAGACAGAGGAAGCCGGUCGCGCCAGAACCGGGCCUAUCGUCUACAACGGAUUCUACUAUGCGCGAUAUCACGACUCCGCAAGAUCAACAAACUAUCGGUGCAGCUCCCACAAGCGGACCAAGGGCAAGGCCAAGGUGUACCACCGCGCUGACGGGACCAUAAUUCAGAGAGGAGAGCACAAGCCCGGCUGCAAUCGCGAAAUUAUGAGGGAUAUUCCAAGCGAACGACCUCCGUCAGCACCUGUUCUCACUGCCGACAUUCUGGAGGCGAUCGACGAACUUGCGCUUGAGCAGCCAACGCUCAGUCCACAGGAGGUGUGGGACCACAUCCGCAAAGAGUUCUUCCAAAGCCCGGGCAGGAUUACAAGCGGUUUAACCAAAAACCAGGUAACAGGCCGGUUCUACCGAACGAAGUUGAAAAGCUUCGGCAAUGAUGUGUUUGUCCAAAUCAAGACGGACCCACUGUGCAGCGUGCGAGAAAACCCCAGUCUGAAGUUCUUCCAGUAUCACGGCUCCUACUACGAGGGCGAGGCCCUGCACCACUUCAUUUUGUGGGGGCACCCUGCUUUGUUGGACCGAUUGAGGGCUCGGCAAACUUCGCUUUUCGUUGACGGGACAUUCCGCUGUGUUCCCGCGAACUUUUACCAGCUGGUAGUCGUGAUGGUGUACGACACAAUCUCGAAUCUGUACAUUCCAAGCUGCUACGCGCUGGCUACGGGGAAAACCACCAAGGUGUACGACUACGUCUUGUACCACACCAACGCCUGUUUUGACUUUGCAAUGGACCCUGCAUUCAUCACGUGCGACUUUGAACAAGCUCUGAUGAACGCUGUCAAACAUCAGUUUCCCCGGGCCAAACUCAUCGGCUGUCUUUUUCACUUCAUCAUCAUCAUCGAAGACUGCCUGCCCUAA